AUGUGGAGAGCUCCGGGAUGCUGGGGUGUUGAAGAUGUGGCGCUCAGGGCUAUGAGGAGAGCUCCGGGAUGCUGGGGUGUUGGAGGCAAGCCAUUCAGGGCUAAGUUAGAGCUCGUGGAUGCUGCGGAUGUUAGAGAUAAGGCACUCAGAUCGAUGCUGCCUGAAGUGUCGGAGAACUGUGUACGAAAUGCGUCACACCCCCGCCCAGCGACGACGACCGGCGCCGCACCCCGCCCAGCGACGACGACCGGCGCCGCACCCCGCCCAGCGACGACGACCGGCGCCGCACCCCGCCCAGCGACGACGACCGGCGCCGCACCCCGCCCAGCGACGACGACCGGCGCCGCACCCCGCCCAGCGACGACGACCGGCGCCGCACCCCGCCCAGCGACGACGACCGGCGCCGCACCCCGCCCAGCGACGACGACCGGCGCCGCACCCCGCCCAGCGACGACGACCGGCGCCGCACCCCGCCCAGCGACGACGACCGGCGCCGCACCCCGCCCAGCGACGACGACCGGCGCCGCAACCCCGCCCAGCGACGACGACCGGCGCCGCACCCCGCCCAGCGACGACGACCGGCGCCGCACCCCGCCCAGCGACGACGACCGGCGCCGCACCCCGCCCAGCGACGACGACCGGCGCCGCACCCCGCCCAGCGACGACGACCGGCGCCGCACCCCCGCCCAGCGACGACGACCGGCGCCGCACCCCGCCCAGCGACGACGACCGGCGCCGCACCCCGCCCAGCGACGACGACCGGCGCCGCACCCCGCCCAGCGACGACGACCGCGCCGCACCCCGCCCAGCGACGACGACCGGCGCCGCACCCCGCCCAGCGACGACGACCGGCGCCGCACCCCGCCCAGCGACGACGACCGGCGCCGCACCCCGCCCAGCGACGACGACCGGCGCCGCACCCCGCCCAGCGACGACGACCGGCGCCGCACCCCGCCCAGCGACGACGACCGGCGCCGCACCCCGCCCAGCGACGACGACCGGCGCCGCACCCCGCCCAGCGACGACGACCGGCGCCGCACCCCGCCCAGCGACGACGACCGGCGCCGCACCCCGCCCAGCGACGACGACCGGCGCCGCACCCCGCCCAGCGACGACGACCGGCGCCGCACCCCGCCCAGCGACGACGACCGGCGCCGCACCCCGCCCAGCGACGACGACCGGCGCCGCACCCCGCCCAGCGACGACGACCGGCGCCGCACCCCGCCCAGCGACGACCGGGUGUAUAGUCUCUGGCUUUUGUGCAUGUAUAACCGGGAUAAAGAGGGUCCUGAGUGA